CACAGGGGCGCACUACGAGAGAGGGCGGAUCUGACUGCACAUCAGCGAACACUACAGCGUUCUGAAUUUUAAAAACAACAACAAAGGGAGGAUGGACUUUAGUUUACGUGAUGCAUUCACAGACGGGGCACCUAAAGCAACCCAGGACAGCCUGCUGAAAAGGGAUUUUGUGGCCGGGUUAGAAGCUCAGAGCUUUGAUGAUAAAGUAGGCGAGACUGUGGGGAAGACUGAGUACCGCCCCCUUCUGGAUGGGAUGGAUGGAAAGAGGGAAGGGUCUGGCUUCAUGUCUGGAGGCCUGACUGGGGAUCAACGACAGGACCCCCAGGGAGAGAUCCGUCCUAGUCCACCUGGACAAUAUGUCUACAAGAAUGACUCUCAAUCAGGCCCAGCAUCAAUGACUGGAAAUCCUCUACAAUUGGGAAACCAGCAGAUGGGAUCUACAAUGAAGGAUAACAGCACUGACUCUUUUUUGGGGUUCUCUCAGCCUGGGAUGAAUAGGGGUAUGAAUAUGAAUGUUAGCAUGGCUCCUUUCCAAAGCUCCAAACCCCCCAGUAUGGUUGAAUCUCAGAAGACCUCACCAUUGUUUGCCAACGAACCACCCAAACCAUCCCAGAUAACUGCUAAUCCAAUCACAACAAGUCCUUGUAUCAGUCAGGAAAAUUCUGCAGAAGAUUGGGGAAACCAUCGGACAGGUGAGGAAAUGCUCUCUACGGAGCAGUUCCAUGCCCCCAACAAGGCAGAACAGAGUCCGACUAAUCCCUUGGGUUCUCAAGAUGCAGCAUCUGGGGAAGAAAAGUCCACUGAGGAAGGAACCGGGAAGCUACAGAAUAGGAAAAAAAAGAAACGCAAGAAUAGGGAUGAAAUGUACGACCUUCUGGACCGUCUUGGUUCCCCAGAGUCUGAAGAGACUCCAUCAGAAAGCUCCAACCAUGGCUGCCCCUCACCAUCCAUCAGCAACGAAGAAGUCUGGGAGAGCGAGAUCCAGGAGAGAGGGGGAGGAUGCAUCAAGGCCAAGAAGAGUAAGAGCAGGAAGAAGCUUCCUGAGGAAUGGGGCGCUCCUGCAGAUCAUAGGAACAUAUCUGGGUCAUCUCAACCAAAUCCUACAACCAUAAUGGACAUGGACUUCAGCAGCCCUAAUUUGGUUGAUUCCAAGACCCUGUCUAAUGUUAGCAUAGAUCAGGGGAGUGCACCUCCUACCUUCACACCCAAUUUUCUGCACAUCACGGACACACAGGCAUGUAGACCCCAACCAACUGGUCGGGCAACCUUCUUAUCCUCUAAUCACCCUAACUCAAUUCUCAAGAUGGAGAGGGAUAUGUUUGAUAUAGAUAAAUUAUCUAAAGAUGAUGUUGGUGACAAAUCUAAACUAGCACUGCCUGGUAUUCACCCCUCAGAUCAACUGCCCAUGAAUGAUACUUACUCGAUUGAUCCUAAGUCAAACCUAGCCCUCAGUCCAACUCAGACUGUCUUGUUUCUUGACUCAGUGCUGCAGGCACAGACCCCAGACACAAGCCCCCCAUCCCAGAGCACGCCGGUGAAAACUCCUCUCCCUCACACCACUGCCCCAGAGCCUGUUCUUGAUCUGACCCCUAGCCCACUGACCAUCGGCACAGACAGUCCUGCCUCCGAGAGCACAUCAGUUGUUAGUCACUCCUACCCAGCUAUUCCCCCCAGCACUGCAGUGGGUUUAAACCCUGAGGCUCCGUCUUUCGUCCCUUCACUCACAGAGCAGCAGGAGCCCCCGCUGGCACAGCCCCCCCUACUGGAAGUGAAAGAAGAUAAGACAGCCAAGGGGAAAAUGGAGAAGGUGGACACUACCCCAAAGAUGGACAACAUCAACAUCACUGAGAAGCAAGAUAAGCCUGAGAAGAUGGAGAGUAUCGAUCACCUGGACAAGAAAGAGAUAGACGAUGCCACAAAGAAAGUGGACAAUGUGGACAAGACUCAGAAGAGUGAGCAGAUCAUCAAAGAUGAGAUGAAAGCUGAGAAUAAGGAGAAACAGGAUAAUAAAGCAGAGAAGAAUGAGAAGGUUGAGAAAGUGGACAAACCUGAGAAGACAAACAAGGAUAAAGAGGAGAAGAAAAUUAAUGGAGAAAAAGUGGACAAGACAGCUAAAACUGAGAAGAAUGCAAAGACUGCUAAAGAGACUGCUAAGUCCCCAACGGCUAGCAAGGACAUGACCAGCCCUGACAGUAAGGCUAAGCCUUCAGUUGGGUCAACCAAACAAAGUUCAGCAAGACCAAAUUCGCUGUCCACUGGAGACAGUGCUGGUGCCCCCAAACGCACUUCCCCCACUGCCAACUCGACCAAUAAAAAAAGCCCUAUGCCCAAGACAACAACCCCUACUGCUCGCACCAAGAAAAUCCCCACCACCACAUCUACUCUUGAUGCUAAGGCCAAGUCUUCUGAGAGUGCCACAGCAACCCAGCGUCGCCCUCCAGUGCCAAAGGCUAAAGGUGCAUCUGCUACCAACUCUAAAAACAGCACUAUCACCCCAGCAACCACCACCUCUGCCCGACACACCUCUGCUACAAAAACUGAAAACCAAUCAGGAGAUGUGAAAAAGACAACACCAGUUAAAACUACCGCAAGGACAGCUCGCACAACACCCUCUGCUAAUGCCACCAGCACAGCAGACACCAAUGGGACCCCGAACCCUCGUCCCUCACGCAUCACCAAACCCCCCGUGCCCAAGCAGGCUCCCUUGGAGAGGAAGCCCCCUGUGCCUCGGGCCCCCCGGAACGUCCGGCCCACCAAUGCACCCCUGCCUGAUCUAAAAAACGUGCGCUCCAAGAUCGGUUCCACAGACAACAUGAAGUACCAGCCUGGUGGAGGCAAGGUCUCUGCAGCCAAGGGCAAGACUGAUGCUCUGCCAAAGACCAGCCAGGGCAAAGUUCAGAUAUCCCACAAAAAGCUGGACUUCAGCCACGUCACCUCCCGAUGUGGCUCCAAGGACAAUAUCAAGCAUGUUCCGGGUGGAGGGAAUGUUCAGAUUCUAAAUAAAAAGGUUGAUUUAAGCAAAGUGACCUCAAAAUGUGGAUCCAAGGACAACAUAAAUCACAAGACAGGUGGUGCUGAUGUGAAGAUUGAAUCUCAUAAGGUGGACAUCAAGGCAAAGGCCAAAGUGGGAUCACUGGACAAUGUAGGCCAUGAACCAGGAGGUGGCAAUAUCAAGGCUGAGGGGGUUCAGCAGAAGUCUGAGGGAAGUCCGUCUCCCCCUGCUGUCUCCCCACCCUCUCAGGCAGGCAACGAGGCAAAGGAGAACGGGCUGAAGGAGAGCUCUCCUGCUCCCGUACCCUCUCUGGGAGAGAGGCCCCGGGACUCCCAGGGCCUGGAAAAAUGCAUCCCUGGGACAAAUUAAGUCUUACAAGCUGAGCUUUCGCGAGAAACCAUGGGCUCGCACGGACCAUGGCGCUAAAAUCAUCUCCUGGUCCCCCCUAAGUGGCAGCCACCCCCACACACAUCGCAGCACCUCUCUCAGUGUUUCUCUGGGAUCCGCCUUGUCCUCACACUUAACCCAGCUUGUCCCAUUCAGUCAGCCAUGAGAUGGGUGUAAACAAGUACACUAGGAGAAGGAUUGUGCUUUUAUCAUGGCAUGUCCCUUCCAAACUAGUCUUCUCAUUACCGCAAUCAUUAGCCUUUUCUCUCUUUUUCAGUUUUCUUUGUUUUCCCUGCUGGGAGAGUUUGCAAAAGGGCAACGCUCUGGCUUAAUUUACAGUGCACCUGUUGAAUGCAGGAUUUGGUUUGAGGCUAGAGUCUUCACAUUGUUGGAGAAAGAAUUAAGAUGAUCCUGAUCAUGAUAGUUCAGCCACUGCAAUAGCUCCUUGUGUCAUCUUUGUUAGGAUCACAGCAUUUAGAGUGCUUCUUUCUAGACUUACUACUAUCCAGUGCUAUCCCUGAGACAGACCCAAGUUUAGAGGCAACAGUCUCUUCCACCCUAUGUCUAUAUGUUUGGCAGUAGAUGUUCUACAAUGAAAACCCCAGAAUUCACUCUAGAUGUAGCUUAUUACAUCAAAUAUAAUUAGUUGUUGUCAGUAUGUGGGGCUGUCUUAAAUCCUAGUCAGUAGGAAUGACUCAGCCGCCAUCCAUCCAACUGCUUCCUUUGCGUCACUGACCUGUCCUGUCCUCCUCACACAAAUUAUAAACUCUGGUCCCCCCAGUAUUUUAAAGAGCACUUAAUCAUUUGAAACUCAUAAACUGUUUAAAUAACUGCAUAUUUACAUCUUCAAUGAUUUUGCUGUAUUGUGUUUGCAUAAAUUACUGUAACAAAGAGCUGUAUCAUUAUGAUGUCUAGCCAUCUGAUUACAUCUUCGUCUUUCCAUUUCUCUCUUGUGAGUUAAUAUAACACAAAAUCCUCUUACACAUAACACGCAUAUACUACAGCAUGGUACAGUAAGAGGAAAAAGCAAUGGCACCCGAACUAAACAGACAGGAUGGGGAGGAAUAGAAAGAUGGAUAAAGAGAGAUGGAAGGUGUGAUGAAAUGCAAUGUCAGAAACAAAGUUAGAAUGGAAAUAUGUUUACAGUCCAUACACAGGUCAUAAUUAUUUGCUCAAAGGUCCAAGUCAUCCUUCACUUUAAAUUAAUUAUUGUUCCUGAAGUCUAAAAAGUAGAAGACUUUUGCACUGAACAAAUGAACUGGAAUGUGCGAUGGCCCAUUACAUAAAAUACUGUAAAAGUAAAUGGAUCCUAAAUGAGCAUUGCAAUCCAAUCCAAUUGAUGAAUUGUUGUUGAGACCAAGUGAUGUAUUACCAUAAAUUAUUGAGCUUUUUUGGAGUUAUUUACAAAGUAUUUUAAUACCAUAGUUCCCUCUUCAGACCUAUUAUUGUAGGGCUGCUUUUGUGACACUCUUGACUAGAGAUAUUGUUUAAAGUUUUAAAGGUAAAUUUGUGGGCACUUUAUUGAUAGUUGCAUUACUCUAGAAAUGUAUAGCUGCACAAUGCCUGCAGAAUCAAAAGGUUGAUCAAAAGGUUGUUUGUACACAGGGUUUGGUUCACUAAAUGUUGUGAGAUAUUGAACCAUUUUUCUUUCCUGGUAUUUUAUUGUGAUUUCAUGGUAGAUCAUUGAUGGUGAUAACAUUGUAGCAUAAAAAAAAAUAAAAAUUAAAAAAAAACAUUUCCAAGAGGCCCAUAAUACUGAAUAACCGAGACCGGGACAUAUUGAAUUAUGCAAAUAUCCUAUAAAAGAAUGAACUAGUGAGCAUUCAAAAUGCACUUUAUGGUGGAUGUUUUAUACUGCAAAGAGUGUGAUUUGAUUAACUGAGCACAUUUUCCUAAAUUCUUUCCUCUGAAAAAUUAAAGAGCCCCAGUUACUCAAAAGUGCAAAUCAUGUACCUGUAUAUCAUACAGUAGUUUGUAAAUACAGUAUGUACGAGUGUGCGCCAGUGUAUUUUAGUGUAGAGCAAUUAUGCUUGGCAAAAUGGUCCUGUCUGUAGUUCCUUCUGUGAUUAGUGUGUACUGUUCAGGGGCUGCGUCAAUAAACUUCAGUGUUGUUCUCUUGAUACAGUGAUCAUGGCCUUUCAUGUUUUCAGUCAGAUCUGUUUUGUCUAUCAAUAAUUUCCAUAACAAGUGAACUGUGUUAGUACACUUCUCACAUCCCCGCAUCAAUCCUCUCAAAGCAGUUUUGUACAUACAUGUUUCACAGUUUAUAUCCCACAGUGGAAUAAUAAAAAAUAAAAAAACACUUCUUGAUUGGUUUGUGUAAAGAAGCAAAAUGAAGGUUUUGCAUCUAUGAACAUUUCUUUGGACAGUAUUUUAUUAAGUGAGACUGCCUUUAUUUUAAAAAAGGGCUGGCAAACAAGAAUGUUUUUAAAAUGUGAUGUAUUCAGGAAGCAAAGAAAAAAUAUUAUGUGUGUAACUUUUUCUCUUUUGUUGUCACCAGUAACAUACAAAAUGCAAUGUAAUCAAUAGGAGGAGGAGUGUGAUCGGUUUUGACUGAGGAAAGAAAAUGCUGCAGGACUCUGAAGAAUCAUGUUUGUCCUUUGGUGAAGAUAUAGCACAUCAUUCUGGUAAUGACUUGAGUAGCCUGAGGCAGAAAGUGGGUUUAAAGGUUAGAGGUAGACCUAAACCGUAACCACGGGAACAAUGAUUCCUCCCACAAACUGCACCUGACACAUAGACCUUGAAUGUUGCUUGGAUAUCCAUGUAUGUAUAAGACUAACUGGUAGGCUAAUUGGCAUGUUUAAAAGUAGAUAGAGCUCUCCAAUUAGGCAGCAAAGGAGCCCCCUAGUCUAUCUGUUAGGACUGACAAUGUGUGUAUUUCCCAUUGAACGCACCAAAAGAGCAUGCUGAGAACAAUGUUUUUUUUUGUUGUUGUUGUUUGUUUGUUUGUUUGUUUUGUAUGAAAGAGAUAUUCAUUGUUAACUUGUGAUGUGGAUAUUUAAUCAUGAAUAAAAAAGAGAUGAGCAAAA